AUGAGUGGUGGGAUAUCUGAUUUCAAGUUGAGCGCCGUGCUCAGCGGCCACAAGAGCGAUGUACGCGCUGUAUUGCUCCCCGACCCUUCCUUCGCGGUAACGGCUUCCCGCGACGGCUCGACAAGAAUAUGGAAGCGCACCUCUAUCUCGCCUCCAAUAUACGACGAUACAGAAUCCUCACAUGGCGCUCAAUUCAAGACAUGCCUUGCGUAUGUCCCACCCUCGAAAGAGUUCGAAGAAGGUCUUGUACUUUCCUCGGGACAAGAUGCGCUCAUUGAAGCGCGGCAACCCUCAACAACGACAGAUAUGAAUGCCGAUGCUUUCAUGGUUGGGCACAGCAAUCAAGUGUGCUCGAUAGACGUCUGCGCCGAGGCCAACUAUUUUGUGAGCGGCAGUUGGGAUAGCACAGCAAAGAUCUGGGAAAUUGGCAGAUGGGAGGUUGCUGUCGAUCUGGCAGGACAUACAGCGACUGUCUGGUCGGUGUUGGCAUUUGACCGGGAGACGGCUGUCACAGGAUGUGCAGAUCGACACAUCAGAGUCUUCGAUGUCCGAGGGAAGUUGAGACACUAUUGGGAUGCUCAAGAUAUUGUCCGUGCUCUUGCCAAACUCCCCGAAGGACAUCACACUGGCGCUGAGAUCGCUGCUGCCACAAACGAUGGGAUCAUCCGUCUUUGGACUUUGAGGGGGGAACUGGUCGCUUCCCUGAUCGGCCAUGAAUCCUUCAUCUAUUCUCUUACAGUUCUGCCCUCCGGCCAGCUUGUGAGCUCAGGAGAGGACAGAUCAGUCCGAAUAUGGGAAGGCCAGAAUUGCACCCAAGUCAUUACCUUGCCGGCUAUUUCAGUGUGGUCAGUAUCAGCUUCUCCCAAUGGGGAUAUCAUCGUGGGGACGAGCGACAAGCUUGCGCGUAUCUUUACACGGGAUCCAGAGCGUGUUGCUGGUGCGGAGACUCUGGCGGCGUUCGAAGAGUCCCUGCAAGCGUCGAGCAUACCUCAGCAGACGAUCGGCCAGAUCAACAUGACCGAUCUGCCUGGUCCAGACUUCCUCAAGCGCAAGGUAGGCACGAAAGAGGGCCAGAGUCAGAUCGUCAAAGAGGACGACGGCUCGGCAUGUCUGUACCAGUGGUCAACCUCACAGCAACAAUGGAUAAAGAUCGGCCAGGUCGUUGAUUCUGCUGCGUCCAGUGGCAAGACCGCAUACAACGGGAAGGAAUAUGACUACGUCUUUGAUAUCGACAUUGAAGACGGUAAACCUCCUCUGAAAUUGCCUUACAACAUCAAUCAAAAUCCAUACGAUGCAGCCACGAAGUUUUUGCAAGAUCAUGAAUUGCCGAUGUCAUACCUCGAAGAAACUGCCAACUUCAUUAUCAAGAACACGCAAGGUGCCACACUUGGCCAACAGGCACCCACGGGUGCAGACCCAUGGGGCACUGAGAACCGGUAUCGACCCGGUGACGCUCCCACAUCCUCAUACCAGCCUCCACCACCCACACCGAACAAGCAAACGCUGCCGCAGAAGGAAUACUUGUCAGUAGUAAUUGGCAAGCCCGGCGCAGCGAUGGCCCAGAUCAACAAGAAGAAUGCCGACUACUCCGGCACCGAACUAGCGCUCUCACCUGAUGAAAUCAGGACCCUAUCAGACGUCGCCCAACAGCUAGAAAAGUACAACUUCUCUGGCAAGGCAUCAUUAGCCACCUCUCCGACCAUCUCAUCGGCGGUCUCCAUUCUUGCUAAGGUCGUUACACGAUGGCAACCUCCCGCCAACAGACUCGCGGCUCUGGACUUGCUCCGAUUCAUUGCAGCAGCGGCACAGGAAUUUCCCUCCUCAGGUGCUGAUAGUUUCAACACCGUGGUCGGUAUUCUCAAUAGUGGAAUCUUCGACGAGCGUUUCUUGCGAGACAACAACAAACUCGCGAUGAUUUCGAUGCGUUUCUUUUCCAAUCUGCUCUACGGCUCGUCCACCGGUCGUCGGCUGGUGGAAGAAAAUCUCGAUGCCAUUGUCGGAUCUCUUAAACCCGUCGCACAAUUCGUCUUCUCUGAUGUCUCGGUCGCCAUCGCUCUGACGACACUAUACCUCAACAUUGCGGUCCUGAUCACCACUUCCGCAGGUGAUAGCGAGGCCAACGCCAGCCACGCCCUUGAGCUGCUCGCCGACCUAACCAACUUGCUGGUCUCCUUCCCAGCCGUCAACCACUCUGCUUCGUCAGGCAACCCGGCGAGCCAGUCGACAGAGCCUGCUUACCGCUCAUUAGUGGCGUUGGGCACGAUAUUGGUCUUCUUCAAGGGUGACAGCGAACUGAAGAGUGCGGCGAAGGACAUCUUCGAUGUUCCUAGCACUCUGGGAAAGCUGAAACAGGGGAAAUAUCUCGACGAGCCGCGGUUUAGGACUGUGGCGGGGGAGAUUGAGCGGGCUCUGAAGUGA